AUGGAAGGUAUUCAUUCCUCCGGGGGCAGUAGCCUUGCAGAAGACUGGUCAGGUGCUCCAACGCCCUCUGAUCACCGUCAAAACAGUCCACAAAACGAUUCUGGUCUACCAAAAGCACACAAUCCCGAAGUGGUAGUCGAGGAAACCAUGUCUCGUCGAUCGACCUUCUUCGUUAACGUUGACUGGCGCAUGGGCGCGACACUCGCGACUGUGACAAACAUUGUUGGUCAGAUGUACGUUGAGUGCCUCGAGCCCGCCCGCAGACUCUACCCGUAUCCCAUUGUGCUCAUCCACGGAGACUUCCACACUGGCCAGACAACCAAGCCAGAUGGACAGCCGGGGUGGGCUUCAUUCUUUCUGAACAAAGGCUUCCAAGUCUAUAUCGUUGACUUGCCUCCUUCUGGUCGCUCCAACUUUCUCACGCCUUCUCACUAUCUUCACCGCGAUGUAGGCACAGCUUCGAGUUUGAUCUCGGCGAGAGCCAUUGAGACAAGCCUUACGGCGCCGAGUAUACCCAGAGAGCCCAAUAUACCUCUCCAAUAUGAGAAGGCAGCAUUUCACAACAAAUGGCCAGGCACUGGCCAGCGUGGCGACCAAAUCUUUGCCAAAUAUUGCGCUUCCCUCGCAACACUCCAUCUCAACAAAGUCGAGCGUCAGUCCCUAGCUCAGAAUGCCCUCCAGGCACUCCUGGGCCAUAUUGGAAAGUCAAUUCUCAUUGGAGAAGGGUCUGGUGGAAACAUGACCUGGCUAGCUACCGAUGUCGAACCUGACCUCGUUGCCGGCACCAUCGCUCUUGAGCCAGCAGGGCCACCUUUUGGAACAGCGUGCCCGAAAGAGGGAAACCCCUACCGUGAAUACAGCCCCUAUAUCCGUCGAGAAGAAGGAGUACGUAUUUAUGGUUUGGCUGAUAUUCCUCUCACCUAUGACCCUCCGUGCCAUCCCCACGAAGGCUUCGAUCGUCCUGCGCGAGACCCCCUCGACGUCGUUCGCGUCCUGGCGCCUGAUCGGAAAAGCGAGUGCUACGUGCAAGGAAGCAAAAACAUUCGCAAGCUCAUCAAUCUCGAGAAAAUUCCCACUACUAUCGUCACCGCACACGCCAGUUCGCAUAGCAUGUAUGACUGGGCCACCGUGUAUUUCUUGAACCAAGCUGGAGUCAAAUGUAGCUGGACUAAACUUGAAAAAAAGAAUAUUUUGGGUAACGGACAUUUGAUGUUCCUCGAGAAGAAUAGCGACGAGAUCGCUCAAGUGAUCUUGGAUUGGAUCCUUGAGAAUACCAUCCCGAAGACAUACCUGGACAUUUUGUUACAGCCUUCCACGCCACCAGAGUCAAAUGAGGUUGCUGAGUUGAUCAAGCAAGCGCGGCCACGAAAGCGAUACAGUAUCGCAUCUAGCAGUUCGCAGCUUUCAGGUCAAGAGACGCACUGUCUGAGCUCUCAGUCGACGGAUGAAGAAGUCAGUCAGGCACUGUCCCUACGAACACCACCGGUUCCGAGCUCCCAAGCGUCAGCUAGUCGCGAGAAUGAGAUAGGCGAAGCAUCAGGUCAACGAUUGAUUGGCAUUUCCAACCAGAGAGCCCCUCCGUCAUCUGGACAGUCGACAGUCAGCAUGAACGGACAAUCUCAAUCUCCCUACCCGCGGUCAUCAUCAGCACAGAACUACAAACGACCUCGACUUGGUUAUUCGACUGCCAUGUCCACCUCAUCGGCUUCUUCGCCCUCCCUGCCGUCGCCGAACCCGAGUGCUACCAUCCGGAGUGUCGCCCAACAACAACACCAGCCAGCUCAACAUCACCAACCUGCUCAGCAAAACUACAUGCAGCAGAGCCAGGUAUCGAAUGGAGACCACCCUGCCGCUCCUGAUAUUUCACUACUAAGACCUGCUCAUCCAGGAGGAGGUCCCCCGCAAUUGAGACAGCAAGCCAGCACAGAUAGUCGAUCUCCCAUCGCAAGUCCUGCGCUGAGCCACAUCGGCCAGAUACAAGCACCCAAGCCCUUCCGCCCUCGACAAAGCAACAUGUAUGAUCAUCUGCCUCUAGGUCAACAGAUCGGGCCGUCUCAGAGAGAGAACCAGCGCAAUUUCAACUUCAACAACGGCCAUACGACGGCUCGGUUCGAAUGCCAAACUGGAACAGCUGAAGAGUCUAUUGCGGCAAUGACCAUGUAUAACCCAGGGCGCCCCAGUUCUGGCUUGGCUCAUCCAGCCACCAUCACAGGCCAGCAACGCCGCUCGCCGAUGGUACAACCGCAGCAGCAUAGUCCUCGUCCUGCACAGAUGGGCCAAUCUCCCGCAUUGAGUAACAAAGGAGGUCUACAUCAAAUUUCUGCUCCGAUGUCAACUGCAGAAUCGACGGCUACGGCAGGUGUUUGGUCCCCUUUUACCCCUGUGCCUUCACUCUUGGGCGGCCGUGUACAGACUCCUUUCAAUGGAUGUGCGCAGUCGACACCUCCGAGUCCUUCUCCGGCUCCCAAGCUGUCAUUCAAGCCUGAUCCGCAUGAUCAUAGCACCGGGUCACCCAUGCCAUCACGAUCGCAACAAACACCAACACCCAAGUAA